AGUCCAGCUGCUGCUACGCCUGCACUCCACUUCUAGCCUCCUCACCACAAGCCCGAGCGGUGAGCAACCAGCCCACGCACAUCAGAGGAUCACAGCACCAAAUUCACCUCUUCUUUCCCAACACCCGUACCUUCAGUUACACAUCGGCCCACCUGUGAAGCACAAUCACUUCGAAAGUGCUGCAUUCAAUCCAGAAGGACACUCCAAGACCAGCCCAAGCUCAGACCAUGUCAUUAUGUCCGACCCGAUAGACCGCAUCGUCAAAGGUGCUCCGCCACCAGACGUCUCAGCCGAACAGCUUGCUGCCAAUGCUCGAGCAUCAUCUUCCAAGCGAAAUUCUGUCACAGCACCCAUUCCUCCAGAGAUCAACCAUCCAACAUACAGCAAUGACCCCAGAGAUGCACUUCCCAGUAGUCCGCCUCAGAUUUACCUCAAUCUACUUAUCCUGGAAAGUAGUCUCCGGCUGCAGUAUAUCAGUCUACGGACCAGGCUGAGGUUGCAUUUGCUCUUGUUUGUCGGUCUGGUAGCUUGGACUGUCACCUUUACUUAUCUACUCUUCUUCCGGCCGCGAGAAGAUGGCAGCGGUGUGGGUGGAAGUGUCUACUGGGUUCUCGAGACUGGUGAGAAAAUGGGUUGGUGUUCGGGCUGCGUGACCUUGCUGCUGUUCUGGGGGACUGGCAUGUAUGAGCGAGGUGUACGGUGGCCGCGAAAGUUUAUCAGCACGACAAAUCGUGGCCUGCGAGGUUUCAACCUCAAAGUCGUUGUUGUGAGAGGUGGUUUGCUUCGCGAGAUGGUCUCAUGGCUUGCUUUGCUAGAUCCUGCUGGCUGGUUUCGCGAGGAAAGAGUCAAUUUUCAAAUUGUCCCGCGGGACAUUGAAAGCUUGGCCGGUCAAGGGAACGGCAAAGAAACGCUGCAUUGGAAUGCGCAUGCGGCAAAGUAUGGCCUGUUGGAAGAAGACAUUGCUCCAGCCGGUGACGUCUUGCGAGUGCUCCUACUGCCAAAGCCGUUCUCGCCCGACUUCCGUGAAGGCUGGGACACCUUCAGAAUGGAGUACUGGGAACGUGAAAAUGCACGGCGAUCACAGCUGAGGGCUGUUGUGCGAGCGAGGAAGCGGGAAGUGGCGAAGAGAGAAGGUGGAUGGUUCUGGUGGACUGGGUGGCGAGGCUGGCACAAUGUCACCAUGAACCCCUUCAGUCGGCGGAAAACAAGGCGACAGCAAGAACUCGAACGAUUGGCUUUGCGGGAAAAGAUCGCCACGGAAGCGCUCAGACCAAGGAUCGGAGGCGAACGACGAAGAAAAGAAUCACUUCUACACGGCGGACUUCCAGGAUCGAGGAGCGCAUCCAACAGCAGAAACACGUCUCGCGCUUCGACCCCCGGUCCCGAUGGCGAUUCUCGGCCAUCCACUGCCACGAAAGAGGGCCGAUCGAGACGAGGAAGCUCAGCCAGCAGUGUUGGUGGUCGACGACCAAAGAAACUCUCUUCUCUCAAUGAGCCUUCUCGUCUCUCCGCAACAGAGACCCUCCUCUACGAUGAACAUGGCCGAGAUAUCUUGCAAGAAAACUUAGAUCGUCCAGGCCCCUCUCCCAGAUCAUCUUUGCGACAUUCUUCGAAACGAGACAGCACGAUCAGCACUGGAAGCUCAGACUGGGGCGAAUCGAGAGAGAAUAGCUUCGAUAUGAGAUCUACGGACACGCUGAGUCCGCCUGCUGCGACGAGACAUUCGCCUAGGCAGAGAGAACGAGAGCAGCAGCAGCAGCAGCAGUCGAUUCUCGGAGAAGAGAUCAAGCAGGAGCCAGAUGAGGAAUGAUGAAAUACGAGUCGAAGGGGUGUUGUUGUUAGUAUAUAGGAAUGAAAUAUCAAUGACUCGUACGAUCUCAGACCUCGCGUUAAAUCUGGUGCAGAAUUACAUCUAAAGAAGCAACAAACAGCUGUCUACAAGCCCGUGCUAUCUGCUGGUCUCCUUGAGCACAGCCC